CAAACAUGUGGCUUUUACGAGUUUGUAGGAUAGACCGAAGAGUACAUUGGUGCAGAUUAUGGAUGCUUUAGAGUGAUUCAUUAAACACUUUCACACUUGGUAUAUAGUUUGACAGGCACUGCUGAUCUACGCUCAGAUCAGAUGUUAGCUUUCUGUGCAAGAGACAGCACUGACAUCGUGUAGCAGAGAGACUUAAGACUAAACCUCCUUUGUUUCAGAGAGGUCAGUACUAAGUUCUGCCAGUAGAUGUCUGUCUUCAGUCUUCCACAGCCAUGAAAGAAAGUUGGUCGAUCAGACUGUCUGUGGUCCCCACAUGGCCAAACACUGCAGAAAGUCUUAAAUGAACUGUUAAAUAAAAUGAAAACCUAUUGCAAGUCCUUCUCUCACUUCUCUCACCUCUUAUCUCAAGUUGCAGGCAUGACUAUAAUGAAAGACUGAAGGACUCAAAAGGUUUGUGUCUGAAAAACAAGUCGGGGUAAAGUUUUGGGUUGGUUAACAUCACAUUUACAAAGCAAUUUAAGUUAAAUUAAAAAUAGUUUUCCUGGCAGAAUAGUGCCUCUCGGCGAUAUGGCAGCACUUUCUUCUUCCCGGGUACAGCUUAACAUUCCAGCAAUGAAUUCCCAGACGCUAAGAUCUUGGAAAAAUAUGAGGGUAAAAGGCUGGGUAUUUUCCACAGCAAUCCAAGAUCUGCCUUUUUUUUCCUUGGCUCAUGUAUUGGCUUUUGUAAUACACAAGUGUUGCUAUGUGGUGGCUAGUUGCUAUGCCUGAACUCCCAGAAUAACCAUAGAAGAAAAAUUCUCUUCAUUGCCCAUGAGUAAUAACCACACUAUUGCAUCAUUUAUCUGGUUGUUACUUUUGAUUGGAGAUGACUUAUGUGUAUGAGCAAAGAUUAAAAAUAAAUUCGGCAUAAACUAGACACAUUUAACCAUUUGCAUUAAUUUUGAAAAAUAUUUGCAUGCUUUUAAAAUAAUGGGCCCUAUCCCCUCCGUUUAUGAUGCUAAUAAAGACAGCUGAGAGUCGUAAUGACAGCGUCCAGCCGGGGCAGUGGUGGAUGUGAGGGCUCCGCAGUCUGAAGGCAGCGUGCUCUGCGGGAUGUGGUGAGUUAACAGGAUGGGAAGUGCACAGGAACAGGGCGGGGAUACUACAAACUCUGCGGGACAGGAUUGGCUCUUGCGUUUUUAUCUCUGAUGACUCCUUAAAGUGCUCCUCCUCAGCUCCAACAUCUCACAGACGAGGUCUCAAAAGCGCUUGCUUAGAAUGCACCUGAGCUUUCGCUGGGUAAUAUUUAUUCCAUCGUCAGUCAUUUGACUUUGACUGUUCAUAAUUAAUAAGUCACACAGCGCAAACGAAACUGGAAAGUGAAAACGCCGUGGGUUUAACAUGAUGUUUUAAAUCCACAAUGAAAAUGUAGUAUGAUAUCACUUUUUCUCAACAGUAGCCUAACUUCCUCUAUGCAUACGAGUCUAUCCUCAGAUAUGUCGCGACCGUCCAGGUUAUGGGACGGUGGCGGUUCAGGUGCGGCGCUGUAAAACAAACCUCUAUUUUUCCGACGGCACUUGAAUGCAGCGCAAAUCGAGACGAGCGACUUGUGUCGUGACGCGCAGACGUGGAGGCGUGCCUCUGAUGAAAUCAGCUGGGGAAACAACAACACAAAGGGGGGUGGCCCAGACCAGGAAAAUCUUUAUGCCACUUAUGUUUAGAUUUCAUUCUAACAAGCGUCCGUUUAGAAUCGCAGCAGCGUCACAUCAGGUCUGCAGCAGCGAGUCGCUAUUUGUUGAGGACCGUGAGAAGCCGGAUUAGGGAGGCAGCGGGGGGGAAGAAGAGCGGGAGGAUGUGACAGGGCAGAGGUCCUGUGCGACGUCCGUAGUUCUGCUGUAUGUGCUCUCUGACAAACACAAAGGGACCCCUGCGACCACGUCUUCCUUCUCGUCUUUGUCCGGUUUGGGUGACCGGCUGAACCACCAGCAGAGUGGCAUGUGGGUCAAUUCCGGAACCGUCGGAAGGGCCCUCUCCAUGGAUAUAGACACAGACUAUGAACGGCCCAAUGUGGAAACCAUUAAAUGUGUGGUGGUAGGGGAUAAUGCAGUAGGCAAGACCAGGCUAAUCUGUGCCCGGGCCUGCAAUGCCACCCUCACACAGUAUCAGCUGCUUGCCACCCACGUGCCAACCGUCUGGGCCAUCGACCAGUACCGUGUAUGCCAGGAGGUGCUAGAGAGAUCUCGUGAUGUAGUGGAUGAGGUCAGUGUGUCCCUGAGGCUAUGGGACACGUUCGGAGAUCAUCACAAAGACAGACGAUUUGCCUAUGGCAGGUCUGAUGUAGUGGUGCUUUGCUUCUCUCUGGCUAAUCCCAAUUCCCUGCGCCACGUACGCACCAUGUGGUUCCCGGAGAUCAAGCAUUUUUGUCCCCGGACGCCCAUCAUUCUGGUUGGCUGCCAGCUGGAUCUGCGCUAUGCUGACCUGGAUGCAGUUAACCGUGCACGGCGACCCCUGGCCAAACCCAUCAAACCUACAGACAUCCUUCCCCCGGAGAGAGGCCACGAGGUGGCAAAGGAACUUGGGAUUCCCUACUAUGAGACCAGCAUUGUUGCCCAGUUCGGAGUCAAAGAUGUUUUUGACAAUGCGAUCCGAGCUGCCCUCAUCUCCCGUCGUCAUCUGCAGUUUUGGAAGUCCCACCUGAAAAAGGUCCAGAGACCCCUCCUCCAGGCGCCCUUCCUGCCUCCUCGCCCGCCUCGCCCCAUAGUGGGAAUCCCAGACCCCCCUCCCACAGAGGGUGAGGGCCCUGAUUCCCUUUUCUGCGAGCCACUGUGUGCAGAUGUUCUUUUUCUUCUGCAGGGUGGUGCCAUUCACGUCUUUGCACACAAAGUCUAUUUGGCUACUUCCUGCUCCAAGUUCUAUGACCUCUUCACCCUUGAUCUUGGUGGGUCUUGUAUGGGGCAACAGGGGGAUGACCAGGAGAGUAAGGAAAACUUGGAGAGCGCGGAGGAAGAUGAACAGAGCAGGAGAGGAGCGAAGGAGCAAGCUGGGCGCACUAAGAGCCUGGACAUUGAUAAAGACGGGGUCGAUGGAGGCGUGCGCGGCCUGAAUCGACCCCAGCUGCUCCAGCAGGGCUCUUUGAGGACUUCCCAGAGUGAUAACGCACUCCCCUCUCGAGCUCUGUACUCCAUGGGUGCAUUAGGGACCGGUCGAGCACUUUCAGGAUGGGGACGGGGCUUCCUGAGUGUGUGUCUGGAGCAUGUUGAUGAUCCCAUGACUGGACGACCAAGGCUCAUGACUGUUGUAGCCAUGGAUGCACUUAUACAGGAAGAACCAUUCAAGGCGGUGCUUCAGUACCUGUACACAGGCAGCCUGGAUGAGGGCCGUGGCGAUCUGAUGCAGGUCGCUACCAUCGCAGAGCUACUGGAGGUGUUUGACCUGCGGAUGAUGGUGGCCAAUGUUCUCAACAGAGAGAGCUUCAUGAAUCAGGAGAUCACCAAGGCCUUCCAUGUCCGCAGAGCCAACCGCAUCAAGGAGUGCCUCAAUAAAGGGACCUUUGCUGAUGUGGUGUUUCGUCUGGACGACGGCUGCCUACCGGCCCACAAGCCCUUGCUCAUCUCCAGCUGCAACUGGAUGGCUGCCAUGUUCCGUGGCUCAUUCAUGGAAAGCUACAUUGAGGAGGUACCCAUUCCUAACACCAGUACAGCCUGUAUGCAUGGGGUGUUGGAGUUCCUGUACUGUGGUAUGUUGACACCCUGUCCGGGUCUGGAGCCCAUGGAACUAAUUGUUCUGGCCAACCGUCUCUGUUUGCCACGCCUUGUCGCCCUCACAGAGCAGCACGCUGUGGAUGAGCUCCUCCACUUGGCAGUGAAAGGUGGUGACAUUGAUGGACAAGUGUUGGCUUACCUCGAGCUUGCACAGUUCCACAAUGCCAAGCAACUAUCAGCUUGGUGUCUCCAUCACAUCUGCACUAAUUAUAAUAGCAUCUGCCGCAAGUUUCCCAAAGACAUGAAGGCCAUGUCUCCAGAAAACCAGAGGCACUUUGAGAAGCACCGCUGGCCUCCUGUGUGGUUCCUGAAGGAGGAGGACCGCUAUCUGCGUUCUCAGAAGGAACGUGAGCGUGAGGAGGAGAUCUUGCGCAAGCAACACACCAAACGUGGCUGGUGUUUCUGGAGACAUCCGUCCUCCUCUCCACACGUCUCUUAAAGGGUUUCCUCCACUGACUUCUUCAUCUUCACUUGGGUCAUCCUACCCAGGAUAAUCACCCCCCCAUCACCACUUAAACACAUAUAGAGGAGGUCGACUUUGAACCUUUAAUCAGUGGAGAAAUGACUGUCAGUGCUACUAUGCCUGAAUGUCAGCAUGUUUGGGGGAAUGUAUGUGCCUCUUUAUAAUUGUGGGUGACUUCGUGAGUGCAUUUUGGAAUGCUUGUGUGACAGGUGUAGACUUAACUGAAGGGUAUGUGCGUGGAUGUGUGGGUGUAUGUUUGCGAUUAUUAUGAUUGAGUGAUGCUUUCCAGUUGAGUGCUUCCCAGACGCCAUGAUCUAAAAGGGCCUGCAACAUUGCAGUGCAGCCCCUUGUCCCCUCCACAAGAGCUCUGUCCCUCCACCAGCACUCACAGUGUCUCAGCCUUUGAGUGAUUGAACUGCGUGCAAGGGCUCUCUGUCUCUCUCAGUCUCCAUCCUUCACAUUGACCUUAAUGACUAUUACACGUUGACCACUGCAGCUCCUCUUGUGGAGCUUACCUCUGCCUUCACUUCUACUCAGACUGUUAGCUUGCACACACAGACCUGUGUGAAAGAUCCACCCCUUUGAAACCAGCACUGGAUUCCCAGGAACUGACACUUACAGUGUAAUUAUUAUUAUUAUUAUUUUGAUUAUUUGACCUUUUUAUAGAUUUUUUUUGCACCUUUUUUUUCCAACACUCUUAAUAAGACUGAUGGUGUACUCUAUUCCCAGAAAGUCUUGGAAAAUCUUAAUUGCCAUUGGAACUGCAAAGAUGGGAACCGUUAUUCCCAGGUUUGAGUGUAAGGGCAACCUUAAGAUCGUCAGAAAUUUAGGAUGCUCCAGUCAGGAGGUUUGAUCAUAGCUAUCAGCCUUCAGUCUAAUACUAAUGUGCUCAUUUGUAUCCGUCAUCCACCCCUGCACUUUCCACCCCCACCUCCUGCACACCACAUGUGCAAAAAAAAGCAAAAUGAGUUGGAUUCACCAAACUGCACUUCAGAGACAUUCAAAGUGACCACUCUAUAGCAAUGAUGGGGCUAAAGAGGGCUAACCUUACUUGAUACCUCUGACACGGAGGAGUGAUGGAUACAGUAUUAAACAAAUCUGCUUGUAACGUCCGUGACCACUAGGCUGCGCUGAAGCAUCUCGGCCAGCCUGCCUUUACACCCCUACACAACUAGGGGCGGCACUGCUCAGGGCCCCGCUACCAUCCUUCACGUUAACUGGCAAGAGUUUUUAAUGCCUGUGAUUUCCUCACUGUAGUUUCGAUUAUAAAGCUCAUCAGUAUAACUUAAAUCCUUACCGUGUUAGAAGAAAUCUAAAGCACAUCUGCAGUGUUAUUUGUUCAUUUAAAAGCUGACUAUUGAUUUUCACCCAAAUCAGAAUACCAAAGCUGUGAUUCUUUUGAAAACUUUCUUCCUCACUUUCUUCGUUCCUGGUUCCCUACGUCCUUUAGUGGCAAGAGGGGGAUGCAGGAGAAAAGAGAAAGUCGCUUUUAGAAGAAGGAGGCCGUAUGAUAUAAUUGAAUCCUCCUUGUGGUGGUGUGUUAAGCCUGUGGUGUCAGGAGAAAAGUGUCACUGUUGGCCAUUGCCUUCCAUUCCUCUUGCUGGAAUUGAAAAUGGUGCUUAAGACACAGUAAGACAGUGUCCACAUGAACACACAGACACACAUACGACUUCAUGUUCACAGUUUAAGUGUCUGUCUAGUGGUUUAGUGUUUACCUGUGUCAUUACCUGUAAUGAACGUGUAGAAGUGUCACAAUGGUAUUCAAAUUUAACACAAGCCUUUUUUAAACCUUAAUUUUUCUUCUCAGUAUGCUAACAGUCUGAGGUCAUAGUAGGUCAGUGCUUUUAGAAUGUGUAGAUUUCUUAUUUUACAUACAAUAGUUACAACCUUGUAGUGUCUUUUCCUGCUUUUUUAUUAAAAACAGUGUGAUCUGUUUUGCUUCCUAGAUAAACAGGAAAAAUAUUACUUUAGAUUGAAUUUGCGGUCAUGAGUGUUGUCUCAAAUGGCAAACCGAUUGAUGUAUAGCUGGGUAUGACAGCGGAUUCUUGUUAAGGGUGCUAAUUUCUUCAGGCUUUAGGACUGAAAUGUGAAAAUGAGACUUUGUGGUGAUGAGUUUCUAUUAACACAUUGUUCUAUUUGUGGGUUUGCGCCCCUCAGCUUUACCCAGGAAACUGUAGGAGAUAGAUUGUGUGAAACAUGUGGUGCGUUCUGCCGUUGUCCACGGGAGGCGUGUUAAAGUCAGCCACUGAAAUAGAAGUCAGACAGGAUCUCACGAGACCCAAGUGAGAAUUGAGCUGAUUUUUCCUCAGAAAAGAGUGAAAGUGGAGUAAAAAUGAACAACUCUCAGUCAGCAUUAGAUCCUACAUUUUGGAUAUUUAAACUGAUCCCAGUGCAGGGCUCUGAGAAUUUAGAAACGAGACCUAAAGAGGAGAGAAUUGGGGGACAGUUUUUGAUGGACUUCCAUGGCCUCUUUUAGUUCCCCAUAGACGGGAUAGCUAUUAGGUUUGUCUUAUUAAUGGUUGGUUUGUCCCAUUAAGCCUCUUCACUUGGUCCAUGUGCCUUAUAGUCAGACAAAACUAAAAACCAGUUUGUGAUUUUAGCAACACCUUAGCUUAAAUCUGCAGACAGGCUCUGCAGUGAUGGAGACAUGAUGGAUAGAGUAGACGAUGACCAGGAUAGUGUUAUAAUAUUAAAAUGGAUUAUGGUGUUGCUUUAUGCAUUUUCAGCCAUUAUCCCUCUGGAGGGGAUUUUUGAACCAACUGGAAAAUCUUUAGGCCUGCUGCUUGUUUUUAAAGCAGGCCUUGAAUUAAACUUUCCCUAGAAUGUAGUACACAAGAUCGCUCUAAUCACAUGGCCAUGGAUUACAAAUGUUUUCUAGAUUAGCAGUUAUUUUAAUGUAAAAGAACUCGCAUUGUGGUUUAAAAUCUCCACUGGUGAGAUGACUGAGAGGUAGGGAUAAAACUGAGCUUGAUUCCUGUAGCGUAAUUUCAAAACCACUGACUUUGUUAAAGCAAAGCUUUUUAAUGAGCACUGGCUGGCCUGUGUGCUGGGGUGGGUGCAACCACUUUUGGAAUGUGGUUAAUUUGCAUGGCGGCCUAACUUUGUCAUCAUGCUUGGUGUUAGAAUGCACUUUCUUCUUUUUCAAUUUCUGUGCUUAGCAUGAAUUGUUCCUUUUGUAAGAUUGUUGCUAAACAUGAUGAUUGUAGCAUGAUAUCUCCACUUAUGUCUUUCAAAGCUUCCCACAAGUAGCUCUGCGAGGAGCCGAAAAAACAUGACUUGUCCAGCUUCUUGUUUUAAAGGUCCAGUAGGCACUGAACCCCACAGUAGCUCUCUUUUUGUUAUGUGACUUUAUGCACAAUUUACCGAUUUACUAAAUUAGCUCAGCACAGCUUAAGGUAGCAUCACUAUACAACUUAAACAAUAUGCCAAGACAUUCUGCAGACAUUUGUUUGGAUAACUAAUGUAGAGGAUCUGUUGCUGCUGUGCAGUAUUACAGCUUUCCCUUUGAUGCUGUUACUUAGUUAAUACAAUCAAUCAUACUUAUUCUUGUGAGUUUUAAGAUAUCUGGUGGAGGGUAUAGAAUUGAAAAGCAUAAGGUAAUUGUAAUGCACAUAUUUUAAGAAUGUUCUAAAUGGCUCAAAGCCAAGUGCAGCUUUUGGGUUUAGCCUGCAUGUAAUGGAGGAAUUGGGUAAAGCAUGAUGCAUGUUUCUGGAGUUAGAGAUAGGCUCGUGUACAUACAGCAAAGUUUAUUAACCUUGUGGUCGGGACUCUAUCUGGGGCCGCUUGGUAUCAAUAUGAGGUUAUGGAAAAUAAGCUAAAAUAAUGAUAUAAAUUAUACUGUCCAUUUGAAAUAUGCGUCAUAAUCUUAAUAAUAUUCAUUUGGAUAUUUGGAUACCUUGACUUCAUGACAGCUUGAGUAUUUCCUAAUCAUUGGAUUGACAGUUGAGAAUUACAGGAAACAGAAAUGGAGUCAUGGGCCAGAAAAGAUUGGGAAACCCUGACAUACUUCCUUAGAAUUUGGUCCACAAAAGGCCAAAGGUACAUCCAUUAGGAUUGUCUUGUUCUAUUUUAUCCUUUUCACUGUCACAUUCAUGUUUGGCUUUGGUGGGGCUUUUCCUCCUUCUGAGCAGGCCUGACACUCCUUUACUAAUGUGAGGCCUAGUGACAGAGAGAACACCUUGAUUUGGUAGUCUUUGGUGUCUCCUCUCUUGUGCCUUCAGUGAAAUCUCACUCUUUCAGCUCAGUACAGGCUGAUGGCACCUCACCUGAAGCCGUCUGGGCUGGAAAAAAAAGUUGAUAGAGCCAAGAAAUACAAACAUGUGAGCACAGAGAGAAAAGUAGGCAGCUUUCCUUAAUGCACAGUAUUUUAGCGCACUUAUUGGUUCAUCAUGAUAACUUCCAGUGAUAACACAGAUGCGGCGCUUUACAACUUCAGUAUGUAAUAUCAUCUAUGCUAAAGCGACGUGACACGUAAUUAAGAAGUGACCAAGAAACCCAGCAAACCAGCAGUUUUAAAAUGUUUUCGCACUCCUUCAGGUGCCUGCACUUUCUAUUAUGUAGCCUAAUUCAGCUUUUUUUGAUAAGUACCAGUAUGCUAAGCCUUUAUAUUUACCAGUUUUCUCGAUCAAAAUUAAAAUAUCUUACUGCUUUUCUGUUUCUCUCGAAUUUAAUAGUGUGCGCCACUGCUUCCACUAUUUAGCUGCAAUUUACUAUGUUGCAAUUAUGCACAAAGUCAGCAUAUUCUAAGUUGGGGAACAGCAUCUGUGAAUUUCUGGUUGGAUUAAAGUCAGAUAUUAGCUGUGACAACUAUGUAUACAGUGUAUUAUGCUUUAAUGAAGUCCAGUACAGUGUUGUAUAUUUGAGUCCCAGAUGGAAUUAACCUCUCACCCGCUUACCACACUGUUUAUAUUAACUAAGCUGGUGUAUACACGCGAUUGUAUGCACGGACAGGCCCAGGACAGGAAGUGUUCAUAUAGACCGACAUGGUGUGAGUAACCACUGCUCCAUGCUGUCAUUUUUAAGUGGAUCGUAUAUACUAUAUAAUAUUGUUAUGCACUUUUGUUUCCAUUGACUCAUAUGAGUUUUAUUAACAUUUAGCGCUCAUGUUAUUGUGUUUAUUACAAUAAAAGGCAAAAGAAAGAGCACACCAUACUCACAAACUAUUAAGGGCUUUCAAGAAAAUAUACAACAAUCAGAAUGUUUUGCUGCUGUUGCAAAAAAUGUUUUAAAACUAAAAAUUUGUAAUAUUUUUUGAACCACUGUGAUUUGUAUAAAAUCUAAAAACCGAAAAAAGUAGAUUUUGUUUCUUUUUUUGCCAUUUCAGUAUUUUGAUGUUUGACAUGGAUUUUAUUAAAGUUGUUAAUCUUUUGAA